AGUGCAGACAGCGGAGCAGUGACACACGCACACACACACUCACACGCGCACACACACCCGGAAGGCUCGACAGUCAGUGUGAGAGGGCAGCAUGAACCGCUUUAAGACCUCCAAAUUCAAAAACACCACUCCGAAAAUUGCCAAGAAAGAUGAGUGGAUCAACAAUGUCCACGCCGGUUCCUUCUCCUCCCAGGGGAACCACAUCAAAGCCAGCUCCAAGCUUGUGGCCUUCAACGCCGAUCAGGCUGGUGGAGGUUUGCUGGGCCUGUCUUCAGUCAAACCUGGUGCAGAUGGCCAAUGGACAGUCGCUCAGAUUUCCUGCCAUUCUGAUUUAAUAACUGAUAUGGACUUUUCUCCUUUCGAUGAGAAUCUGCUGGCAACAUGCUCCGGAGAUGAAAUGGUGAAACUGUGGCGUCUGUGUGAUCCAGAGCUGGAGCAGCCCAGCAGCCCCGAGCUGACCCUGCAUCCAGGGCAGGGCAGGCUGGAGCUGGUGCACUUCCACCCCACCUCCUCUGGCUUACUGGCUGUCGGCACCGCCAAGUCUCCUCUGAUUUGGGACACCAGCCGCAAGGACGCACCCUUAGCAGUUCUGGAGCAGCACGGUGACCACCUGCAGAGUCUGAGCUGGAAACGGGACGGCUCUCUGCUGGCCUCCUCCUGCAAGGACAAGAUGUUGCGAGUGUUUGAUCCCAGAGCCCAGCUGACACCUGUUCAGAGUGCCAAGAGUCUUCAGAGCAACAAGGAUUCCCGCAUCCUGUGGGCCAAAGACGACUUUUUACUGACCACCAGCUUUGAUAUGAGCCGGAGCCGAGAGGUGAAGCUUUGGGACAGCAGGAAGCUGAGCUCUUCUGUCGGCUCUGCGUCACUCGGCACUUCCAGCGGGACGCUGAUCCCUCUGUUUGAUGAAGACACUGGUUUGCUCGUACUGGCCGGACUGGGAGACACAGCGAUUGAUUGCUUCGAAGUCUCUUCCUUUGAGCCGCUCCUCUCUCCAGUGAGCCACUGUAUUGUGGAUAACCCAACACGAGGCGUUGCCGUGGUUCCCAAACUGUCGUUGGAUGUGAUGUCCUGCGAAGUGAUGCGUGUGCUGCAGCUGACGGACGGCUGCAUUGUGCCAGUCAGCUAUCAAGUCCCUCGCAAGCGUUCGGGCCAGGAGUUUCAUGACGAUCUUUUCCCAGACACAGUGGGAGCUACUCCCUCCAUGUCUGCAGAGGAGUGGUGGCAGGGAGGGAACAAGCAGGUGGAGAAAGUCAGCCUCAACCCAGACCGAGGGCCCAAACCAAAGGCUGCAACGGUAAAACAGAUGCCUGCAAAGAAGGAGGUGGUCAGUGUGGGGAGCAAAGAGGAUCCGGCUCAUGGCUGCUCCACCUCCAGUAGUCCUCUGAGUACUCCCAGCAGCAGCGCAGAGCCGUCCCGCUCUCCCUCCUCCACCUCCGGCCUCUCCUCAGGCUUCCUCCCCAGCCCCAGUGCCAGCCAGAGUGCCAAGGCCAUCCAGACCCUGAUGGGGCCAACCUCCAAGUUUCGCCACAUCCAGGGUGCAGUGAUGCACCGGGACACGCACAUCACUAACAUACGUGGUCUCAACCUGACCACACCAGGCGAGUGUGACGGAUUCUGUGUCAACCGCCAACGCUUGGCGGUGCCCCUCGCCAUCUCUGGGGGCCAGAUCGCCAUCUUUGAGCGCUCUCAGCCUGGCAGGCAACCAGACACAGCUCUGCCCACCAUCCAGAACUCUGUGAAUGUGGCCGACUUCUCUUGGGACCCCUUUGACACACACAGGCUUGUCGUAGCUGGUGAUGAUGCUAAGAUCCGGGUGUGGCAGGUACCAGAGGGAGGCCUGAAGGAGACCCUGACUAAGCCUGAGCUCAUCUUGCGAGGCCACACAGAGAAGAUUUACUCAAUCAAGUGCCACCCUCUGGCCAGUGGAAUCCUGGUGUCGUCAUCCUACGAUCUCACAGUCAGACUGUGGAACCUGGAGAGCGGAGACCAGGUCAAAAUCCUCACUGGACACCAGGAACAGGUUUUCAGUAUGGCGUGGAGCCCAGAUGGGAAGCUCCUGGCCACAGUGUGUAAAGAUGGGAAAGUUCGUAUCUAUGACCCUCGCAAGUCCACUGCACCUGUGCAGGAAGGCCCUGGUCCCGAAGGCCCCAGGGGAGCUCGUAUACUGUGGGUGUGCGAGGGCAAGUACCUGCUGGUGUCAGGAUUUGACAGUCGCAGUGAUAGAAUACUCUGCCUGUACUCCGCUGACUCCCUGUCCUCCGGAGCCAUCGCCAGCACUCAAGUAGACAUCUCCCCCUCCACGCUCAUCCCUUUCUAUGACCCCGACAACAGCGUGGUCAUCCUCACUGGAAAGGGUGAUACUCGAGUGCACGUUUAUGAGAUCGUCACUGAAGAGCCGUACUUUAUGGAAUGCAGCAGUUUUAUGGCUCCAGAGCCGCUGAAGGGCUUGGCCUUUCUCCCAAAGACAGAGUGCAGUGUGCGUGAGGUGGAGAUAGCUGUAGGUCUAAUGCUCACCAAGACAGCUGUAGAGCCUGUCGCCUUCAGAGUGCCACGGGUCAAGAAAGAGUUUUUCCAGGAUGAUGUGUUCCCUGACACGGCAGAAUGUUGGAAACCAGCCCUGACCGCCUCCGCCUGGCUCUCCGGCUCCAACGGCAAACAAAAUAAGAUCAGCCUGAAGCCCAAAGACAUGACACCAGUGAGCGAAGCCCCCAAAGAGGCUCCGGUGAGGAAAUACAUGCCCUCGUCUUUCUACCUGGAGGAGAAGACAGAUGAACAGAAGAAAGACGAGCUGCUCAGUGCCAUGGUGGCCAAACUGGGGAACAUGGACGAUCCGCUGCCACAGGAGUCGUUCGAGGGGGUCGACGAGGACGAGUGGGAUGACUAAAGGGGGGGGCGUUGUCUCGCCUUUGGUCCAAUCGUGGUGCCAACAAACGGCGUGGAGGGACCAGUCUUGUGCAACAGUGCCACCCAGAACGCCUCAGCCUACCGCACAAAUAACAAAUACUGCACAAUGUGAACAAAUCUUCAGCCAAGUCGACCAAUAAAACACCUCCUGACAUGAUCACUGUAUGUAUCACAAUAUCCGUUCAGGUUUGAAAAAAAAUCAAAUGUCACAAUGUGUAGCUGAUGUUGAUCAUAUCAAACUUAAUGAAAUGUGAUAUGCCAAUUUUUUUCAAUGGGGGAUUAUUAGAUAUUACAAAAAUCACUCUGGGAUGAAUUUGAUUUAUAAUAGCUUUCCAAUGAUUAUGUAAACUGCAAAUUGAUGUCACACUGUUACUGAUAUUUAGGAGGGGGGGAAAAAUUGUUGUACUGUUUUAUCAUGUGGGAAUAAUAUAAAUCAUGUGUCAGAAAAGCUCAAACAUAUUUCUGGUCAGUGCAAGGUGACUUCAUAGCAAUAAUACUUCUGCUUUACGCUACACUAGUUAACUCUCAGUAAAUGAAAACCAUAGACUGUAAAUAAAGAUGGACGACAUGUUUCAACUUCCUUCCAGGAUCCAGGCGAUACACAAGGUCGACCAAUCACGAGUCUCAGUUGUCAGUCGUGACUUUUCAGCGCGUUUUUUUAUCAUCAUAUAACUAAUUGAACCAAAUUCAACAGACAAAUGAGAACUUGAACAUACAUCAGUGCAAUAAGAACUACCUAAAGUAACAGAAACCAUAUUUGAGAAAAACAAUUAUUGCGACGUAGACUAUUUAGUUUAAUCCAUGUCCCAUUCAUCAACAUGGAGGAAGUUGGGUUCAAGACCUAUACUGCGGCUGACCACCGGGUGGCGAUCGAGACAUUUUGGCUUCAUGUCGUCCAUCUUCUUAUACAGACUAUGGACUACAAACAAUGAUUUUAAAAUAAUUGAUCGAUUAAUUGAAUAAUUGAUGAGUAUGUUAUUCUUGCUCUUGUUAAUGUCUGUGGUAAGUGGCCAUGUUUUAAGCAUGAUAACACAUUCUCAGUCGUCGUGAUAUAAAUAACAAUGGCGCCCUCUUGUGUCAGGUCACCUCCUCGUGUAUCGUGUACAACCUCGUAAUCUUUGUGGACAUUUGCCUCCACGGUGGACCACUCGCUUGCUUCUUCUAGUCACAAUGUGUCUAUAAAAAAAUGUAAUACUGCAAAAAAAAAAGGUUUAAUGAGGAAAUAAUAUGUGAGCAUCUCAAAACACCUUGUCUUCCUGUUCAGUCAGGUCACACACACAGACACACUAUUACUGUAACACGUUCAAGCCUUCAACAGCAAAAACCCCACAGGGGAAACAACAGGGUCCCCAGUGCUCAUGUUUGACCAUGAACUGGAAUUUCUACGUUCACAUUCGCGUUUCCUUGUUAGCCAAUGUUAACAUUAAUAUGUGAUACUGUAUUUGUGCCGGUUGGAUUUGAAUGUUUUGCCUUCCAGAAAUAGUGUUAUGUAUAAGUAAGGGUUAAAGGUAAAUAAGAAAUGAAAUGUUGUUAUGCAUUGAAGCCAAACCACCUCCUUUUUUAACAGAUGAUUCUUUCUUUUUUUCUCUGGAUGGUGGAGUUUUUUAAUCAAAUCCUGCUCUUUGGAUUUCUGUUUGUUUUUCAGACUGUUCUGGGGAUAAUCCUCACAGAAUUAGCUCUUUUUCUUAUCUUAGUAGCAAGUAAUCAUGGUGUUUAAUAAACAAUGACAUUACAGUAUUGAUAACGUAUACAGCCAUAACAGCCAUCGUGUUAUUUCUAAUCCGGGUUACAGCAAUAUCGUCAAUAAUCCAGGCGGAGUUUGUUUACGACCUCUGAUGGACCGAAGUAACCCGACCAGUUCAGCCAUGCAUGAUCGUGCGCAUCAUGUUGUACACGUGAACUGCAGGUGUUGUCAGUGCUUGUGCAGCGUAAACUGUGUGUGCUCGUGAUAUUUGGGUUGGUUUGACUUGCCUUCCAUUGUGUUUCAAAAGAUCUUCCUUUUUAUACAGUGAGUGAAGGGGUGUUGUUGUUUUUUUGUAUCACUUGAGUAAAGGUUUGUGGUUUUUUUCCAAUCUUGUCUUUCAAUAAACACCUUUUGCAAUCAUU